CUCUCGCCUAGCUUAGCUCAUCCUUCCAUGCACCACACCUGCUCGACCACAUCGACGCAUCGAUCAUCUCCCAAGAACUAACCGAUCGGAUGGCCAUGGAGUUGGAAGCGGAGGAGGAGGCGAUGAUGACGGCGAGGGAGAACGAGAGGCUGGUGGAGUCGCUGUACGCGGCGGUGGCGGCGGGGGACGGGGCGGCGGCGUCGGCCGUGCUGGCGGGCGACGUGGACUGGUGGUUCCACGGGCCGAGGCGGUGCGAGCACAUGCGGCGGCGCCUGACCGGGGAGGCCGAGGCUGCGUCGGCGUCGUCCUUCGUGUUCGUGCCGCGGCAGGUGGCGGCGGUGGGGCGCGGCGGCGGGUGGGUGGUGGCGGAAGGGUGGGAGGGGCCACGCGCGUACUGGGUCCACGCCUGGGCCGUCGAGGGCGGCCGCAUCACCCGCCUCCGCGAGUACUUCAACACCUCCGUCACCGUCCGGGACGUCGGCGGCGGCGGCCACUGCCGGCCGCAGCUCGACGGAGGAGGAGUUCGCCGGCGCGCCGCCGUGUGCUGGCAGAGCCAACGUGGGCGCGGCGGCGGCGACGACGACGACGACAGGUCGCUGCCUGGCCUCGUGCUCGCCAUCUGACACGUGGGCCCACGCAUGCAUCAAUCCUUCCUGGCGCGCUGGGUCGGCCCCACCUGGCGUCUCGCUGGAAAGUGGGCCCCCGAAUUCAUGCGAACGUGUACGUCGUGUAGUACUAUACUGCACUAUAUCUUUUUUUUUUUUUGAAAAAAAAGACAGACAUCUAAAUGUGCUGCUUUGAUGUUGAAAUGCUGCAAUAUAUAUACAGGCUUAACUAUGUAAAGAUCCGAGGUCGGAGUACCAACUAUAAUAACUAGUUGUAUUUCUCACGUUUAAUUUACUACGGGAUAUGUGGAUGAAUACAUAUUAUACGUUAUAAA